CACAGUGUCAGGGAAUGAGCCUGUCCCUGGGCAGCUGCAAGUGUUGCCUGGGCAGAGAUGCUCCUGACGCUGAUCUUCGCUGUGCUGUGGGGUGGUGAGUGGGCCGAUGGCCAGAAGGGCCGUCUUUGGAACCAGGAUUUUGGAUUCUCUCUGACAGUACAGGAGGUGGUGACAGUGCCACAGGGCCUGUGUGUGUUAGUGCCCUGUGAUGUCACCUACCCACCUGAUGGCUGGAAUAAGGACACUCCAGCUCACGGCUACUGGUUCAUCGAAGGAACAGAAACGCUCCAUGGUCUUCCAGUGGCCACAAACAACUGGUCUCGAGCGGUGGAACCAAGGGCCAAGGGCCGAUUCUACCUUGUGGGCAAUCCCCAGGAGUAUAGCUGCACCUUGCUGAUCAAAGAUCCACAGAGGGAAGACAGCAAAUCGUACCACUUUCGGGUUGAGAGAGGCAAAUCCGUGAGAUAUAAUUUUAUGUAUAAAAAACUUUAUCUGAAUGUGACAGCCAGGACACAGAAGCCAGCUGUGUACGUCCCAGAGACCCUGGAGCCUGGGCAGCAGGUGACAGCCAUCUGUGUGUUUGACUUGGACUUUCAACAAUGCCAAGCCCCUACUUUCUCCUGGAUGGGGGCUGCCCUCUCCACCCACCAAAUCAGUCUGACCACUGCGCGUAUCUCAGUGCUCGCCUUCACACCAAGUUCUGAGGACCACGAUGCCAGCCUCACCUGUCGAGUGCACUUCCCCAGAGAGGGUGUGAGCUUCGAAAACAGUGUCCGGCUUAAUGUGGCCUAUGCCCCCAAAGUCCCGGUGAUCAGCAUUUUCCAAGACAACAGAUCAGCCCUGAUGCUCCAGGGAGACAGCCAAUCUCUGACAGUCCAGAAAGGCCAGUUCCUGAGGCUGCUCUGUGAGGCAGACAGCAGUCCCCCUGCCACCCUGAGCUGGGCCCUGGAGGACAGAGUCCUCUCUUGGUCCCACCUCUCAGGCUCCGGGCGCCUGCAGCUGGCAUUGCCCAGGGUGAAGCCUGAGGAUGCAGGACGCUACACUUGCCGAGGAGAAAACAGGCUUGGCUUCCAAAGCCGCACACUGAACCUCUCUGUGCAGUAUGCCCCUGAGAACCUGACAAUGAUGGUCUCUCGAGCAGAUGGGACAGUCCUGCAAAACCUCAGGAAUGGCGCGUCUCUCCCCAUCCUGGAGGGCGAAAGCCUGCGUUUGCUCUGUGUUGCCCACAGCAACCCCGCAGCCAGGCUGAGCUGGGCCCAGCGCUGGGAAUUUCUGAGCCCUUCCCAGCCCUCAGACCCUGGGGUCCUGGAGCUGCCUCGGAUACAAAUGGAGCAUGAAGGCGAAUUCAUUUGCCAAGCUUCGAACCCUCUGGGCUCCCUCCAAGUCUCCCUGCAUCUCUCUGUGCGCUACCCCCCACGGCUGCUCGGACACUCGUGCUCCUGGGAGGACGAGGGUCUGCGCUGCAGCUGCUCCUCCCGAGCCGAGCCGGCCCCCUCGCUGCGCUGGAGGCUGGGGGAGGCGCUGCUGGAGGGGAACCACAGCAACGACUCUUACACGGUCACCUCCAGCUCCGCGGGGCCCUGGGCCAACAGCUCUCUGAGCCUCCGCACGGGGCUCAGCGCCGGCCUCAGGCUCAGCUGCGAGGCUGAGAAUGUCCACGGGGCCCAGAGCUCCAGCGUCCUGCUGCUGCCAGAAGAGGAAGGACUCAUCUCAAAAAGAUUCUCUAGUGGAGUACUUUUGGGCACUGGCGUCACUGCCCUCUUCGUCCUCUGCCUCAUCUUGGUUUUCGUGAAGAUUCUGAGGAAGAAACAGACCCAGGCCGGGACUCCGACCCAGGCAGGGACUCCGACCCAGGCAGGGACUCCGACCCAGGCAGAGACUCCGACCCAGGCAGAGACUCCCACCAAAGCAGGGACUCACAGGCUCAGGGUCACGAGGAGGAGCACCAUCCUGGAUUACGUCAACGUGGUCCCUAACCCGGGUCACCUGGCUCGGAAUCGAAGGGCCAAACCCAGCAGUCCUUCCAGGACCCCUCCUGCAGAUGCUAACUCCCCAGGACCCAAAUCAUCCCAUCUAGCCCCAGAAUCAGGGAACCACAAAGAGGAGAUCCAUUAUGCUGCCCUCAACUUCUCUGGCCUCAGGGCACAGGAGACCCAGGAGUCCAGGAACAUCGGCUCGGAAUAUGCAGCAAUCAGGUUCCACUGAUGGCCCACUGGGCUGUGGGGUGGGGGUCCAGUCUGGAGGGAAAGGCAGGGUCAUAGAAAGGAUGAGUAAAAGGGAGCAGAAUCUCUUUCUCUGUCUUCUUUAACUUCUCCCAGGAUGGGUCAUCCCAUCCCAGAUCUGACAUUUGCAACCACUUGACAGCUAUCCCCAGAGUGACCUUCUCUGGAUACACUCUUCUGCAAACAAAGAUAAACUUUUCAUGUGACAAACCCAGGCACCACCCUCUCUGAUUAUUCACAGCAUCACUUUUCUACAAGGUGGGAGAACCCUUAAAAGUGGCUCAACAUAUCACUCAAGAGCCAAGAAUGUUUUUACAUUUUAAAUGGCUGUGGGGCAUUGGGGGAGAGUGGCCCUGGCUGGUGUGGCUCUGUGGAUUGAGUGCUGGCCUGCAAACCAAGGGGUUGCUUGUUCAAUUCCC